AUGCAAGGCACCAGCAGCUGCAGGGAAGACAAGAAGCAGAGGCUUCAAUCAAGAGGAUGCAGGGCCUUGUGCUGCAGUUGCAGGCUUAGUGUCUCCUCCUCGGAAGAAGCCGAGAGCUCGUGUUCGGAUAGGUUCGCACCCAUCUCGAGCUUAGCACAUGCCAUGGUUCAAGAGAGACUAGAUCAAAUGAUCAGAGAGAGGCAGCAGGAAGCAAUUAGACACGAAGCGAGAGCGAAGCGGGGUGAGGAAGGGAGUACUAGUACUAAUAAGUUCAUCCUAAUGGUGGCUAUGGAAAAAUUUUCUCAUGAUCCAAGGGAGGAUUUCAGGGAGUCCAUGGUAGAGAUGAUAAUGUUGAACCGAAUUGAAGAACCGAAAGAUUUGCGUUACCUCCUAAAUUGUUAUAUUUCAAUGAAUUCCGAGGUGUAUCGGGGGAUUAUACUCGAGGUUUUUCAUGAGAUGAUUAGUCAUGUUCUCUUUUUCCCCAAAUCUGAGCUUGCAUUUGAAGAUCCUCUCUGUGAAUAG